CAAAACAAAUUAAAUAUUCUUAAGAGUUUUUCAAGUAUUCAUUCAUGGCUUUUAAGAUUUUUCCUCUCAUCUCCUUUCUCUUCCUCAUUUUCAUACUACUUGCUCCUAGUGGCCAUGCCAAGAGGAGCAUCCCAAGUGGCAAAAAAACCUCAGCUUUUGAUUUCAUCAAGAAAUUAAAAGGUUGUCACAAGGGAAACACUACUAAAGGGAUCCAUGAGCUCAAAGCCUACCUCGAGAAAUUCGGUUAUCUCAGAUAUCCAAACAAAACACAAGCCACUGAUGAUGAUUUCGAUGAUAUCCUCGAAUCAGCCAUCAAAACCUACCAAGAAAACUACCACAUCAAACCCUCAGGGGUCAUGGACGAUGAGACGAUAUCAAAAAUGACGACCCCACGAUGCGGGGUGCCUGACAUCGUCAACGGCACUAACUACAUGCAACCUCGAAACAGAAACCAUAAGUCUGGCUCGAGCGGCGUCCACGUGGUGUCCCACUACAGUUUCUUUGAAGGAGAGCCUAAAUGGCCGCCUUCCAAAACCCAUUUGACCUACAGGUUCUUGCCCAAUGUUCCCGCCGUCGCCAUGGACCCCGUGGCACGUGCCUUUCAGAAGUGGCAAUCCUCCACACACUUCACCUUCGCACGUGCCCAAACCGACCAAAAUUCGGAUUUGGUUAUAGGGUUCUACCGCGGGGACCAUGGUGAUAUAGACCCUUUUGAUGGCCCCGGCGGAACCCUAGCUCACGCAUUCGCACCAACUAAUGGAAGGUUCCAUUAUGACGCCGACGAGCAAUGGUCCAUUGGGUCGGUCGCGGAUGCUUUCGAUUAUGAAACCGUCGCGCUUCACGAAAUCGGGCACCUUUUAGGGCUCCGACAUAGCUCGGUUGAGGCGGCAAUCAUGUAUUCUGAGAUCUCAGCCGGACAGACUAAAAAUUUGCAUGAAGAUGAUAUUGCAGGAAUAAGAGAUUUAUACAAUCUCUAAAAUUAAUAUUAAUUAGAUUUAAAGGUGUGUGUUUAUUUGCAUGUGAAAAUAAUUUCGACUAUCUAAGGUUCGUCGUUGGUUUUUAUGUUUUGUCGUAAUUUGUAAGGUGUAUGGAUUUAUUUGGACAUUGAAGUCCACAAGAUGAAAUGAAGUCUUUUUGUUUUCUUUAAA